UCUUCAAAUUCUUUUUUUUUUUCUACAAAAAAAUUAAAUAAAACAGUUAACAAAAUUAUACCCUUAAUAAUAAUCUACUCAAAAAAAUCAAAAACGAAAUUAUGGAAAAAUGUUAAUGAGUACUUAUAAUAAGCCUGAUGUAACUACGAGUUACCUCCGGCACAAGGAGAUUAACGAUUAUCUAGACUAUUUGCGACAUCGUUAUGCGGACGUUGUCAAAGUCUACAAUAUUGGACGUUCCUAUGAAGGACGUCAGAUGAAAGCUAUUCAAAUUGAUUGGCAUAAACGUUACCAUCACGGUCGCCAUCAUCCACUACUCCACACUGCAACCGAUGGAAAUAGUGUUCCCAAGAAGAAUGUGGUUUUCAUUGAAGCUGGCACUCAUGCCAGAGAAUGGAUGACAAUUUCUGUAGCCCUCAAAUGUAUACAACAGUUAACAGAGAAACAUGCACGACAUCGAAAAAUUUUAGAAAAGCUUCGAUUUUUCAUCGUUCCGUUGGCAAAUCCCGAUGGAUAUGAAUACACCUACAAUAAGAAUCCCAUGUGGAGAAAGAAUCGUCGACCACACAGUAUUUUGAAAAGUAUCGGAACCGAUUGUAAUCGCAACUUUGAUUUCCAUUGGGAAAAUGGAUCAACGAAAGCAAGUCGAAGCACUUAUAAAGGAGAGAAACCAUUUUCGGAACCGGAAACUUGUGCUCUGAGGAAUAUCAUGGAGAAGCUGCGACCACAUUUGUUACUAUUUUUGUCACUGCAUUCGUAUGGGCAGGCCAUCAUGUACCCCUGGGGAUAUACUAAAGAAUUACCAAUUUCAUGGAAAGAACACCAACAAUUAGCCGAUUGUGGCAAGAAGGCAAUUAAAAAAGUGUCAGGACGUGUGUACCGAUGUGGCAGUAUAUCGACCAUUCGAAAACACACUUACUCCGGAUCAAUUGUUGACUAUGCAUUUGGUAUUGUUAAAGUACCAUUUGCUUUAGUUGUGGAAUUGCCAUCGAAUGAAUUGGGCUUUCAGCCAUCUCCUGUACAUAUUCGGCCCAUUGGUCAUGAGAGUUGGAUUGGUAUUAGAGCAAUGUGCCAGAAAGCAUUAGAUAUCUCAAAAUCGAUUGUUAAUCUUGAGGGAAAUCAAAAUCGAGAUUUAACAAAAUCAAAUGUGGAUGUGGUGGAUGAAAAUACAACAACAACAAAGAUGAUGAAUGAAACGACAACGACAACAGUGAUGGAUUAAAUAAAUUAGUUUCUUAUGCCAGAAAUUUAGGUGGUAAAUAUAAAUUUUGUUUGAAAAAGAUUUCGGUUAUAAUCAUGACAAAAUUGGAAUUUGCAAACGAAAGUCGACCAUCUUUUGGUACCUGAUUUUUUUUUUCAAUCUUGGUACGCAUCACGGGAAAAAUGAAAAUAAUAAACUCACUGUGCCAUAAA